CGAGGUCGGGGGCGAGCGCGAGGAGCAGACGAGGCUCGUGCGCACACCGGCCGCACCAGCAGCCCACGCGGCGGAGUCCAGGUGCGGCCUGCCGACGGCGCAUGUGUGCUGGCUGGAGGCUUGCUUGGCUCGGUCGGCUCGUGAGCAUGAAGGUUUGCUCAAGCCCAGCACCUCCAGUUGCCAGACACAUCGAAGCGCGGAAGCAGGUCGUCCAGGCGUCGGCUCCCCGCUGCCCCCGCCGCCCCCGAGGGGAACAGCAGGGAACACCUGCGAGAUGUCGGAGUACCAAAAUGUCGUUGGGGGGAGGCUGAAGCUGAAGGGGAAAGCACUGGAUGUCAAGGAAGGCGGAGUCAAGAAAAAGAAGAAGAAGAAGCAGCAGCACCGUGAGGAGUCGUCUCAGAUUGAGCAUGAUGAACUUCAUGAAGGUGGAAGCUCUGAAUUGCCAACCGAUCCUAACAGUGAGCUGACUGAAGCUGACAAGAUGGGAGAGGAGGAAGGGAACCCACACCCUGACUACGACCACCUCACACCAGCCGAGCGACGCUACAUGGAACAGAAGCAGAAGAUUGACAUGCAGAAGCUGGCCAAAGUUGCCAACAAAUCGCACAGGGACCGGAUCCAGGACUUUAACCAGUACUUGGCAAACCUUAGCGAGCAUUACGACAUCCCAAAAGUUGGUCCUGGCUAACAUGGCGAGAGUGCCGUGGUUCACAGAAACAGUUGUAUGCUUGGCCUAUUAAGCCUUCUGUUUCAUGUUAUGCGUUAUCAGUGUGUUGUAAAACAAAUCGAUUGCCAUUGUGUAAACUAUUUUAUUUCAAA